AUGAUCAUACUAAUGCUGAAUAAAACAGACCUGGCCCCAGCAUCAUUCAUUCUGAAUGGAGUCCCAGGCCUGGAGGACAUGCAUGUCUGGAUUUCCUUUCCAUUCUGCUCUAUGUAUGUUGUGGCUAUGGUGGGGAACUGUGGACUCCUCUACCUCAUCUGCUAUGAAGACUCCCUGCACAGGCCCAUGUACUACUUCUUGGCCAUGCUUUCCUUCACUGACCUUGUCAUGUGCUCUAGUGCAAUCCCUAAAGCCCUCAGCAUCUUCUGGUUCCACCUCAAGGAAAUCAGCUUUGAUGAAUGCCUGGCCCAGAUGUUCUUCGUCCACACCUUCACAGGGAUGGAGUCUGGGGUUCUCAUGCUUAUGGCCCUGGACCGCUACGUGGCCAUCUGCUACCCUCUGCGCUACUCAAUUAUCCUCACCAACCCUGUUAUUGCAAAGGCUGGGCUGGCCACCUUCCUGAGAGGGGUUUUGCUCAUCAUUCCCUUCACUUUCCUCACCAAACACCUGCCCUACUGCAGAGGCAAUAUAAUUUUACAUACCUACUGUGACCACAUGUCUGUGGCCAAAUUAUCCUGUGGCAAUGUCAAGGUCAAUGCUGUCUAUGGCCUGAUGGUUGCCCUCUUGAUUGGGGGCUUUGACAUCUUGUGCAUCACAGUCUCCUACACCAUGAUCCUCCGGGCAGUGGUCAGCCUCUCAUCAUCAGAUGCUCGGCAGAAGGCCUUCAGCACCUGCACUGCCCACAUCUGUGCUAUUUUUUUCUCCUACAGUCCAGCUUUCUUCUCUUUCUUUUCCCACCGCUUUGGGGACUACAUUAUCCCUCCAUCUUGCCACAUCAUUAUGGCCAAUAUUUAUCUGCUCCUGCCUCCCACUAUGAAACCUGUUGUCUACGGGGUGAAAACCAAGCAGAUACGAGACUGUGUCCUAAGGAUCCUUUCAGGUUCUAAGGACACCAAAUCCCACAGCAUAUGA